AAUUAACGUUAAGCUCUCCGUCUAUACACUUCCCACCAACUGAUCCACUUUCAAAAAUCUCUUCCGCAAACUUUGCUCUCUUUUCUUAACCGCUCCACCUUCUUAAUCACUCCCUCCUUGAAAUGAAAACCAAGAAAACGCACACCCACAUUUAAAUUUCACAUUUUUAUUUUUGUACUCCCAUGCUUCUCCGAUUUGCUUGGUCACUUGCCAUUUUCUUUUAUCUAAAAUGGGUAAAGAAUCUGAUACCAUCAAAUCCCAGUUGGUGUUGGAAAUUUGCUCUCUGUCCACCCGUUCUCUCAUUUGUGCCCAUAGGCAUCCUUGCAGGCCUGUUAAAUCGCAUUUCAUCGACUGGUAUCGUCUGCUCGGAGUAGAAGAAGAUGCAGAUAUAAAACUUAUACGAAAGCGGUAUCAUAAACUUGCUUUGCAGCUUCAUCCAGAUAAAAACAAGCACCCCAAGGCUGAGAUUGCCUUUAAGCUUGUCUUGCAGGCUUAUUCGUGUCUUUCUGACAAUGCAAAGAGGCGAGCCUUCAACUUGGAGAGAUGGAAACACUUGUGCAAUGAGUGCAAUAGAGUCCCAUACAUGCGCUGCAAUUCCUCCAGCAACUUAUACAAUACAUCAAAACUCCAGGAAUCGAAUCCUGCAAACUACUCAACAUCAAGCAGAAUUCUGCAAGGUCUGAAAGACAUCAGAGAAAGAUUCAAAGAGGAAACCAAGGUGAUGGAGAACUGUCUGAAGGCUAAUGCCGCGUUAAGGAAAGGAACCCCGCUGUUCAAUACAUCUGACCACUUAUGUGAGAGCAAUACUAGGUUCAGGUCCCGAAGAGAAUCCCCAAUUUUUGAUCCAUCAGCCUAUCUAUUUGAAGGCUACCCUCACACCAGGAACCGAAUGUACAAGAAAACUGAGGAUGUGUAGUAUUCAUAGACAUAAAAUUCAUCCAACUAUGGCAAACAAACAGCAAUAUAUGAUUCUCCAAUCCUUGAGAACAGACCACAAGGAGCAAUGUUUAAGACCAAA